AUGGCUGUGGCCCUAGAAUUCCAGGCCCAGGCCUCUCCCCUUCCAGAGCCGGAGGGACUUCUGAUUGUGAAACUGGAGGAGGACUCGUGGGGAGCAGAGCCCAGAUCCCACGAGGAGGAGGAGGAGCAGGACCCUGUUCCUGUCCCGGAGGCCUCCCGCCAGCGCUUCCGGCAGUUCCAGUAUAGGGAUGCAGCUGGACCUCAUGAGGCCUUCAGCCAGCUCUGGGAACUCUGUUGCCGCUGGCUGAGACCAGAGAUCCGCCUCAAGGAGCAGAUCCUAGAGCUGCUGGUGCUGGAGCAGUUCCUGACUAUCCUACCCAGGGAGGUACAGACUUGGGUACAGGCACGCCACCCAGAGAAUGGGGAGGAGGCGGUGGCCCUGGUGGAGGAUUGGCAUCGAGAGGCCCGGGCUGCACAGCAACAGGAACUGGAAUCGUGUGCAGAGAUCAGGUCCUUAAAAGUAUUGCAGGAAUCACAGAACUUCCAGCUACAGCCAGCAGAUCACUGGCCCGAGGGACAGUCCCAGAAGCAGUGGGUGAAGAAUCCAAACCCUGUUCUUCCCAAGCAUCUAAACACCAAUAUGAUGCUACAGUCCUUGAGAGAGAGUGCUGUUCUCACUUCCCGGGUCCCUGCUCUCCCGAAGAUGGGGAGCAUUGGUGAUUGGGAGGUGGCCCCUGAGUUCCAGGAAGCCCUAGGACCCAGAAAACCUGCUGAGGAGUUCGACAAGGAGCCCCCAGAUGGCAGCUGUGGAAACAGCAGGUCCCUGGGAGUUCUAGUUUCACAACCAAAUAGCACCUCCCAGCGAGAGCAAGCACCAGAGUUUUGGGGUACACGCCUUAUAAAUUUUGGGAAGAGGAACACUGCAGGAGAUUACAGCAUGGAUAAUGAGCAAGCCAACUCAGCUCAGCCAUUGGCCUGGAGGGACUCGAGGACCUGGGCAGACCAGUACCACUGUGAUGUGGAGGACAUGAAGGUGUCAGGUGUUCACUGGGGCUAUGAGGAGACUAAGACUUUCCUGGCAAUUUUGAGUGAGUCUACUUUCUCUGAAAAGCUCCGGACUUGUCACCAGAACCGCCAGAUAUAUCGGGCCAUUGCAGAGAGGCUAAGAGCACGGGGUUUCCUGCGAACGCUAGAGCAGUGUCGGUACAGGGUCAAAAACCUCCUACGGAAUUACCGGAAAGCCAAGAGCAGCCACCCGCCAGGGACCUGCCCCUUCUAUGAGGAGUUGGAGGCCCUAGUGAGGGCUCGGACAGCCAUUCGCAGCCCUGGAGAGGCUGUGGCACUCCCGAGACUGGCAGAUAGUGAUGCAGAGGUGGAUGAACAGGAGGAAGGGGUCUGGGAACCUGAGGAAAUAGCAGAAGACUGUAAUGGUGAUGACCUGGCCAUUGAUGAGUCCUUCCAGGGGCCCAGGAUUCCCGGGGGCCCAGCUCUGUUCCAGAGUCGUGUUGGUGUGCACUGGGGCUACGAGGAGACCAAAGCUUUUCUGGCAAUUCUCAGCGAGUCUCCAUUCUCUGAAAAACUUCGUACCUGUCACCAGAACAGCCAGGUGUACCGGGCCAUUGCCGAGCGACUAUGUGCACAGGGCUUCUUGAGGACACUGGAGCAGUGUCGCUACAGAUUCAAAAACCUCCUUCGAAGCUACCGGAAAGCCAAGAGCAGCCACCCACCAGGGACGUGCCCCUUCUAUGAGGAGCUGGACUCAUUGAUGAGGGCACGGAAUGCAGUUAGAGCUAUGGGGACUCUGAGGGAUGCUGCAGGUCUCCUCAGAUCUGGACAAAACAGUACCGAGCCUGAUGACCAGGAAGCCUGGGAUGAAGUGGCAGAUGAAGAUGCUAUUAAACCUCCAACCCCAUGUCCUAAAACCCCAGACACUGGUUUUGAAUUGAGACAUGAUGAUGAAGACCAGAUUUCAGAGCAGGAAGUUUUUGAGGAUUUGCCUGGAGCAUUAUCAGAAUGCACUACAGAGGAUGUUUGUCAAGUUUAUGAUUGGGAGGAAGAUAGUGAAAAUGAAAAUGGAGGUGUAAGACAGUGGGGAAAUUCUUUACAAGAACAGUGGGAAAAAUCUUCUUCUGAAGAGGACUUAGAAAAACUUAUCGACCAUCAAGGCCUAUACCUAGGAGAGAAACACUACAAGUGUGACACAUGUGUGAAAAGCUUCAGUCGGAGCUCCCACUUUAUUGCCCACCAGAGAAUUCACACUGGUGAGAAGCCCUACAAAUGCCUCGAAUGUGGAAAAAGCUUUAGCGACCGCUCCAACCUCAAUACCCACCAGCGAAUCCACACUGGAGAGAAGCCCUACAAAUGCCUUGAGUGUGGGAAAAGUUUUAGUGACCACUCCAAUCUUGUCACUCACCAGAGAAUCCACACAGGGGAAAAGCCCUAUAAAUGUGGGGAAUGUUUUAAAAGCUUCAAUCAAAGUUCGAACCUGCUGAAACAUCAGAGAAUCCACCUGGGAGGAAAUCCUGAUCGUUGUAGUGGUCCUGGGGAAAAAAUUGGCCAAAGCUCAUCCAGUGCUCACUGGAGGAACUCCAUAGAGAUGACAUGUCCUAAACAACCUCCAAGUGAAAGCAGUGUGAGUAAGAUCUUAGAUUCUUCUGGGCCACAUAGUACCAACUCAGGGGAAAAACUGUAUCAGUGUUCUGAGUGUGGAAGAAGCUUCUCUAAGAGCUCUGCCCUCAUUAGUCACCAAAGAAUCCACACAGGAGAGAAACCAUAUGAGUGUAUUGAAUGUGGGAAAAGCUUCAGCAAGAGCUCCACUCUGGCUAACCAUCAACGGACCCACACUGGGGAGAAGCCGUAUAAAUGUGGAGAGUGUGGGAAAUGCUUCAGUGAGCGCUCCAAGCUAAUCACACACCAGAGAGUGCACACAGGAGAGAAGCCCUACAAAUGCCUCGAGUGUGGGAAAUUCUUCCGUGAUCGCUCUAAUCUCAUUACUCACCAGAGGAUUCACACAGGAGAGAAGCCUUAUAAGUGCAGAGAGUGUGGGAAAUGCUUUAACCAGAGCUCCAGUCUUAUCAUUCACCAGAGAAUUCACACUGGGGAGAAGCCCUACAAGUGCUCGGAGUGUGGCAAAGAUUUCAACAACAGCUCUCACUUCAGUGCCCAUCGGAGAACCCAUGCAGGAGGGAAAGCAUUGUAG